UCGCCCGCGUCACGUGACUUCAAUCAACAUGGCGCCGCCCAGGGUGCUGCAGUGUCCACGUGGUUCCGUCAGCUAAGAUGGCGGCAGCAGUAAACCCAACGUCUCUAGAGUCGGCCCCGCGCAUCAUGCGGCUGGUGGCCGAGUGCAGCCGAUCCAGGGCCCGGGCAGGAGAGCUGAGGCUGCCGCACGGGCCGGUAGCCACUCCGGUGUUCAUGCCAGUGGGCACGCAGGCCACUAUGAAGGGCAUCACGGCCGAGCAACUGGACGCGCUGGGCUGCCGCAUCUGCCUGGGCAACACCUACCAUCUGGGUCUGAGGCCGGGACCCGAGCUGAUCCAGAAAGCCCACGGUCUCCACGGCUUCAUGAACUGGCCCCACAAUCUGCUGACGGACAGCGGCGGCUUCCAGAUGGUGUCUCUGGUGUCCCUGUCCGAGGUGACGGAGGAGGGCGUCCGCUUCCGCUCCCCCUACGACGGCGACGAGACCCUCCUGAGCCCGGAGAAGUCCGUGGAGAUCCAGAACGCUUUAGGCUCAGACAUCAUCAUGCAACUGGAUGAUGUGGUCAGCAGCACUGUGACGGGGCCACGUGUGGAGGAGGCCAUGUACAGGUCAAUUCGCUGGCUGGACCGUUGCAUUGCAGCCCAUCAGCAGCCAGACAAGCAAAACCUCUUUGCCAUCAUCCAGGGUGGGCUAGACGCAGACCUCCGGGCCACCUGCCUCGAAGAGAUGACCAAGAGGGACGUGCCGGGCUUCGCCAUCGGGGGCCUGAGUGGGGGCGAAAGCAAGGGCCAGUUCUGGAGGAUGGUGGCUCUGAGCACCUCAAGGCUGCCUAAGGACAAGCCACGAUACCUGAUGGGGGUCGGCUAUGCCACUGAUCUGGUUGUCUGCGUGGCUCUUGGAUGUGACAUGUUCGACUGCGUCUUUCCCACGAGGACUGCGCGCUUUGGCUCCGCUUUGGUGCCCACCGGGAACCUGCAGCUGAAGAAGAAGCAGUAUGAGAAGGACUUCCGACCCAUAGACUCCAACUGUAACUGUCCCACCUGCCAGAAGCACAGCCGGGCCUUCCUGCACGCACUGCUCCACAGUGACAACACUGCUGCCCUGCACCACCUCACUGUCCACAAUAUUGCCUACCAGCUGCAGCUGAUGAGUGCUGUGCGUGCCAGCAUUGUGGAGAAGCGCUUCCCUGACUUCGUGCGGGACUUCAUGGGCACCAUGUAUGGGGACCCCACCCUCUGUCCCACCUGGGCCACUGAAGCCCUGGCCUCUGUGGGAAUCACACUGCGUUGAUCUGGCUUGGGGGAGGGAGGGAAUGGGAGGUAUUGGAAGGAUUUUUAAAAAAUUAUUAUUCUAACUUAGACUAUCUGUGCCUUCUUGGGAAGGUGGCCUGUCUCAGUCUUCUUCUUCCUCUGAGUGUCUCUGUGGCCAGUGUCCCCUCCCCCUGUUGAUAAUAAUAAGUAACCACAGCAGCAGCUGAUAUCUGGAAACUCCCUGGCUCAGCCCAGCAUAGAGGAUGCACCACAGUGUGGGAGCUGCAUCCUUUUCCCUCUGGUUCAAGGCCUCCAGCUGUCCUGAGUGGGGCACCUCUUGUUCCCCCACUUUUCAAAAGUGAGGAAAUAGGCAUAGAGGGAAAUAGCUUCCCCAGGGUCACCACUGAGAAGUAGCAGCCUGGCUCCAGUGCUCAUGCUCUUAGCCUUGACUCUUGACCUGUGGCACAAUUUUGCUGUCAGUAAACCUGGUGAGGACGGUAGGUGUGAUUCAGCCGGUGCUUACACUGUGCCUGGUACUGUUCUAAAUGGCUGUUGUCUGUGUUUAAUUCUUGCCACCCUAUGAUACAAGUGUAGUUGCAUUCCCCAUUUUACAGAUAAAGAGGUUUAGAGGAAUGACAUGAGCAAAAAGGCGCAUGACUUAACCUAGAUAUGGCCAAUUACAGAGCUGCUGCUCUGAGAAGAUAAGGGUUUUUAUAUUGAGAAAGUAAUCCAAAAGUAGGAUCCACUAUUCCAAUAGCAUAAAAAUGCAACUACUUUCAUCAAUGUGUGUAUUCUCUCAGAAGUUUUCCAUGUGUAUAUAUUUUUCAUGAAUGUGGGCCUCCUUUA